CUUCAAGCAGCAAAGUAUUACAAUGCUCGUGAAGCAUCCGUGCAUCUUAUUGAUCACAAUAACUUAACUUACACCAAGGAGAAGAUUUAGAAUGAAACUUCAGUUGAUGUUUCUCCUUGGGACCUUGGUAAUGAAUUUAACAUCUGUUUCUGGUGAUUGUACUAAGGAACAAGAGAUAAACACCUGGAGAACAAUUUAUUGGUUCAUGAGAUAUGCAACACAAACCUCAGCCAAGUGUGUUAAUAUAUACAUUGGGUUAGAAAGUUUCAUCGACAUUGAAGACCAAGUUUCAAUUUUGAAGGAUGAAAAUAAAUUGACGUCUUAUGACAAAGUAUUUGCUUUAACAAAAUGCUAUGUAAUAAUAUUUAAUAAGGAGAUAAACUACAGUGAAAUUUUGAGACUAAAGCAUCCUCCUACUCUGGUCAUUGUUAGAAACAAACAGGAGAAAAUUCAAGAGAAUCGCUAUGGUUUGCAACGCUACUUGACGCUGACCCAAUGUUCCGGACAAUUUAAGUACUGGGAUCUUCACAAGCAGAAGUUUACUGGUGUAUGGUCUACCCACUAUUCAAGAAUUGUAUUAAAGAAUAGAAAUGAUAAUAGAAUGCCAGACUCAUUUUUCAAUCAAGAAAUCAGGGUAUCUUUUGUGCAAAAUAAAUUUUUUUUAUCGGAAAAUAACCAAAUUCAUCCAUUUACAAAGUAUGGUCAGCUAUUUACAACAUUUACAGAUAAGUAUCAGCUUCAAACCAUCUUGAGAGACGUAGAAGCCCUAGAUAAAAAGGGCCUAAAUUUUGUUUAUGGUCAAGUUAUUAAUCAGGUUCUCUAUAAAGAAGCUGACAUUGCAGUUGGUGGUUUUACCAUGAAUUCUGAUGUGUAAGUUAUUUAAACCACAAAUUUGUGAAAAUAGUUAAGAAUCAUCCAAUGUUAUUUUUACUUCAAAUUUAUCAAUAUAAUCAUAAGGAAAUUUGUAUCUUGCUUUGGGUUUCAAUUUUGGUUUACAUCUCUUUAUGGACACUUACAAAGAAGGGAGAGAGAUGUACACUGU